AUGGUGCAAUUGAAUAACAGGCAAACUCGGACGCGCAGUGCUUCGUUUGCAAACAGCGUGGUGUUUCCCGGCGGAGUCACUGAGUCCGUGGACGGGAGCCCCCGCUGGCUGGAGCUCCUCAACUCCUUCGGCUACACGAAGAAAGAUUUCGAAGUAUUUCACCGCCCUGACAGUGUUAUCACGCAAAUUUUUCAAAAUAAUCCCAUACAAAGGCACUUACAGCUGAGAAUAACAGCUAUUAGAGAGACGUUUGAAGAGUUAGGGCUGUUGAUUGGCAGCCGGGUGUGGAAGGAGGAUAGGUCUGGACUAUGGGCUGGAGUCAUAGAGGACAUUGAUGUUAAAUACUGGCAAGAUCGGUUACAAAAGGAUCCUGGUGACUGGUUUAGCCUCUGUAAGGAACACCAGUGCUACCCUGACAUCUGGUCUCUGCAUUAUUGGAGUAACUGGCUGACUCCCAUCAACCUCCCAAAAAGGUUUAACACAGCUUUCUUUGUGGCAGGAAUAGAAGAGAAACCCAAGUGUUUGGAGAAUAGCACUGAAGUUGUUAAUGUUGAGUGGCAGAGUCCAGCAGAAGUAUUAACCAGUGGUAAGACAUUGCAACCACCGCAGAUAUAUGAGCUGAACCGCUUGUCCCAUGUGAAGGACAUACAAGAGCUUAUCAAGUUCGCUAAGGAGAGGAGUGGACAUGGUGUUGACCUAACCUAUCCAGUACAUGUAAAAGUAAAAGAUGGCAUAUUAUCUUUAUUACCGGGUGAUGAUUUAUACCCCUCAAGUGUAGACUACAACGACAAUACUAUUAACUAUAUAGACCAAACUAUAUUAGAGUUAAGGAAGAGUUGUCAAACACUCCAUAGAUUUGAAGCAGGAAAGGAGAUCAAACAAUUUGUUAUACACAAUUACAAACCUGAACAUCACAUCAAUAUGGAAGACAAGUCGUUCCAACUGGUUUGUGAAGUUUAG